CAACAAUCCUCACAGUAAGUAAGAAUUUAGACGUGUAACCAUGUUUGUCGUGCAGUUAACUUUGAUAUCAUUGCUGGUGCUAGGGGCACAUUGUGAAACUGCUGAGAGGUAUAUGGAAUAUAUUCUUGGCAGACACAAUGGCUUCAGACAAAGAUGGUUUAAUGGAAGACAGUGGGAGAGAAUGGAAUGGGACAAUUCUCUUGCAGAGGAGGCAGACAGACGCAUGUCUGAAUGUAAUAUGGGAAACGGAUAUUAUCGCCGUGGUGAACAUUAUGCCUACUAUAGCGGCGGUGAUCAUUACUACAACAUACGUCAAACAUUCGACGAAUGGGACAAUGGAAUGAACGGAUUCGACUGGAGAAACAAUGACGGAGAUUUCUAUCAGAUGGACUGGUACAGAGGCCAGUCAGUGGGCUGUGCUAUGCACUGGUGUCCUUCAUUCUUUGCCAACGGUGAAAACUACCAGAACAUGUGGUUCUUUGGAUGUUUCUAUGAUCAAAGGGAUUACAAUGACAACAAUGAGUUCUUUGGCGGGUACAACUGGGAUAGCAAUAACCUCAAUAGUUGGAACUCGGAUAAUAACUUCAACAAAGGUUAUUACAUGAACAACGAUUUCUACAACAACGGAUUCGGCAAUAAUGAUAACUUAUACUAUAGAGGUUAUUACAUGAACAAUGAUUUCUACAACAACGGGUACGGCAACAAUGACUACUAUUACAACAGAGAUUAUUACUGGAACGGCAAUAACGACAACGGCAAUUUCAACUAUAACAGGGGUUAUUUCUACAAUGGCAAUAACGGAGAUUACAACAGGGGUUAUUGAAAUGGCAAUGGCAACAACGGUGAUUAUUACUACAACAAGGGAUAUUACUGGAACGGUAAUAACGGAGACAACUUUUACAAUAGAGGUUACUACAUGGACAACUACAACAACGGCUUUGGCAACGGUAAUUUCUACUACAACAAAGACUAUUACAUGAAUGAUGACUACUACAACAACUGGUAUGGCAAUGGCAACUACUACAACAGGGAUUAUUACCGGAAUGGUAAUGGUUACAACAGAGAUAACUACUACAACAGAGGGUACUACAUGGACAGUUACUACAACAAUGGUUAUGACAACGGUAACUUUGACUACAACAGAUACUAUAUGAACAACGGCUACAAUGGCUACGGAUACUUCUAAGACAAAUACCAUAGAGGAAAACAGAACCGACAGACUUGCUGUGUUUGGAGUUAUUGACCCGUCCACUCGUCUUGUCAGCGAUAUUUAUUAUUUUGACUCGUGGAUUUAUCAUGUGUAUUGAUAUGUGAAUCAUUUGCAAUAAACAGGAGAAGCAUUA